CCUCGCCUACCCGCUCACUUGGCAAAAGCUUCUCUCCUUCCCAAUCAAUAACCCACGAUAUCCCCCAAUAGUAUGCACCGUUAGAUCAUGGUAUCUUCACCGAAGAUCCCACGCGUCGAAUCCCUGGCCCAGGAAGCAGGAUUGCGGUACCUUACAGUUCGCACUCAGCUCAAUGGGGAAGGUCAAUCACGGCUUGGCGCUACACGUGCAGGUAUCGUGGCCAUCAAAUGGUGAUAACGGAUCAACGCUGCGGAGGUCGCCACUAAUGUAUCCUUGAAGACGGCUGAUUCCCUGGGAAGGAGCUGUGGGAAUUUUUGACCCUGCCCAGCUUUAAAAGAAGUCUUGGAACCCCUUGGCUUGUCUUUUCAAUGGUACUCUCCAUCAAGGUCCUUUGCUUGACCAAGAAUCGCCCAGUCUUUUAUCCUAGCUGAACUUCUACCGAAAAGAAGCAUUAGCCAAGAUGAGAUCCUCGACUAUCCUCGCCUUAGCUGCAGCUGUCAGAUCUGCAGUUGCGUGUGAUUCGUGUUAUGGCCCCUCUUCUGAGGUUGGCCCAGGAUCCAGCCUGAGUCUCAGGACAGUACUGUCAAUCCAAGAGCGCCUCUGGAAUGGGGUCAAUUGAAUUUCUUGCAUACAACUGAUACACACGGUUGGCUUGAAGGACAUCUCAAAGAGCAGAACUAUGGUGCUGAUUGGGGAGAUUUCGUGUCUUUCCAGCGACACAUGAAGCAGAAAGCUGGGAAUCUUGCCGUUGAUCUGUUGGUCGUGGACACAGGCGACCUUCACGAUGGAGCUGGAUUGAGUGAUGCUGUCUUGCCAAAUGGCGUUCUCUCAAAUCCUAUCUUCGAUGAGAUUGAUUACGAUGUUCUCACCAUUGGAAACCACGAGUUAUAUGUCUCCGAGAUUGCUUAUGAGCACUUCUACAACUUCAGCAAGGUGUGGGGAGAGAAGUAUGUGACAAGUAAUGUCCAAAUUCUCAAUCCAGCAACUGGCACUUUUGACUACAUCGGCGCCAAGUAUCGGUACUUCUCAACAGCCCAUGGUCUUCGCAUCAUGACUUUCGGAGUCCUAUUCGAUUUCACCGGAAACUCCAAUGUGUCCAAGGUGAUUAAAGCUGCAGACAUGGUGAAGCAACAGUGGUUCCUUGACGCGGUCAACUAUGAUCAGCCUAUCGACCUCUUCCUCUUGGUUGGCCACAACCCAGUUGAUAGAUCUGAUUAUUCAAAUACUCUUGGACUCGUUCAUUCUACGAUUCGUGCUCUACGUCCCGAUAUACCCAUUCAAGCAUUCGGAGGACACUCUCAUAUCCGAGACUUCAAGGUGUAUGACGACAAGAGCACAGCACUUGAGUCUGGACGCUACUGUGAAACUCUUGGCUGGGUCUCAAGCGGCAUUAAGUCCUCCAGCUAUACCGGUCUGAUGAAACCACGUGGCGUCGCCAAUCCAUCAAGACCUGCCACCAACACAUCGACAUCCGGUCUCGUCUAUUCGCGCAGAUACCUCGACUGGAAUCGAAGGACCUUUGAAUACCAUGCUACUAACUCUCAAGCAAGCACUUUUGACUACCAUAGCGGCUUGAGAGUUUCAAGUGACAUUACCAAGGUUCGAACAAAGCUCAACCUCACAUCUUUGUAUGGUUGUGCGCCAGCAACUUAUUGCGAAUCAUGCAAGCCCUUCGGUUCAGAAGGAAACAUCUUCACUUUGAUCCCUAUCGCGCUUGGCGUAACUGUGAUCAACGCAUCUCGAUCCGACGUCGCACGCUACAUCAUCGUCAACUCCGGUAGCAUCAGAUUCGACCUCGUCAAAGGCCCCUUCACCUACGACGAUUCUUUCAUCGUCAGUCCCUUCAACGACGCCUUCCAAUACAUCCCAAACGUACCCUACGAUAUGGCCCGCAAGGUCCUCGCUGGGCUCAACGGCGCCGUCUUGCCAGAUAAGCGAGGCGAAGGUCUUGUUUACGGCUCUAUGCCACAGGUCAAAGACUCGUGCAUUGACCCAACGAUAAGUCUUAUCACUGGCACUGGCAGCGAGCUCAAAACUCGCGGGAUACAUCGCCGCCAAACAGUCGCAACAACACCUGGCUAUGUGACGACCGAUGAUUUCGGCACCGAUGGCGAUGACACACCACAUACCAAGAUCCCAUCGUAUCGACAGCCAAACUACAUUCAAGGCAACGCGUCUUUCCCAGCUGACGGCUCUAACCCCGAUGUUGUCGACGUAGUCUUCUUCGACUAUUUUGCCAGCACCGUGGUGAAAGUCCUGAAUGGAUUUGGGGCGAAGUAUACGCUGGCUGAUGUGACAUAUUAUGUGGAUAAGAGUUAUACGGCACAGAAUUACCUACCCGAUUAUGCGAAGAAGGAGUGGCAAGCGAAUGUGCCGAAUUGUCCCGUUGGGGAGGGUAUUGGGUAUGAUGAGUAGAUCUAGGGCAGACUGCCCAGAGAUGAAGAUAGACGGGGAGGUGACGGAUUGUAAAUUUGGAAACCAUUUUCCAACGCUGGACUGACUGGCCUGAAAAGUUAUAUCUAUCUACCUCUGAUAAAAUGAUAAUGCAAUUGAUGGACUGCUCGCGGGGCUGUUGAUCUAUCGUUCACAAGUGCUUUACCACCGUAAUCUCACGAACUGUCUCUGAGAUAUUGACACUAAACCAUGCUUCAUACACCUUAGUAAGGCUACAGAAUAAAUCAAUGGAAUGAAAGUAGAAGGGUGAGUGCAGCUUUGGCAUACGCAUUCAGUGCGUGAGUGCAUCUCGAUGCGACGUGAC